AUGGUUGUCUCAAGAACUAAAGAACAGAUUUUUGGCUUCGUGAGGGACAAUAUAAGGAAAAGAUUCCAGAACCGGAAAAACAAAUUUUUGAGCCCAGCAGGUAAAGAAGUAUUGCUGAAGGCAGUCGCAAUGGCUAUGCCUACGUACGUGAUGUCGUGCUUCAAGCUGCCAAGAAGAUUGUGUAAAGAUGUCUGUGCACUGAUGGCCAAUUUUUGGUGGGGAGAAUCUAAUGGCAAGAACAAAAUACACUGGAUUUCUUGGGAAAGAAUGGCUUUGGAAAAAAAGGCAGGAGAUCUAGGCUUCAAGGAUCUUGAAGCUUUCAAUCAAGCUCUGCUAGGAAAGCAAGUAUGGAGGAUAGGGAAUGGGCGUAGUGCAAGCAUCUGGGAACACAAGUGGAUUCCAGAUACAACUACAGGUAGGCCGACUACAAGACAAAGGAGCAUGUGUAAGCUGGAAAAGGUGGGAAAGCUCAUAAGUCAUCAAAGAUGGAAUAGGAAUAUCAUCUUCAGAAAUUUUAACAGACAUGAUGCGCACAAAAUUCUAGCUAUACCCUUGAGUCUUUCAGAGAGGGAGGAUAGCUUUUAUUGGCAACCAAAGGCAGGAGGGCAAUACACUGUCAACUCGGGCUACAAACUCCUGAUGAAGCAAAGCAUAAAAAGAAAAACGGGUAAUCCUGAUGGAGCAAGCUCUAGUUAUGCAGAAGGUAGCCCUCAAGUUAUUCAAAUGUGGAACACUCUAUGGAGUUUAAACAUUAAGCACAAGAUCAAAUUCUUCAUUUGGAAAUGCAUUCAAGGAGCUCUGCCAGUGAAUGAAGCUGUGAGGAGGAGAACGGUCCAGGGUGAUCCUACUUGCACAACUUGUGGAACGGCACAGGAAAUUGUAGAACAUCUCCUGUUGACCUGUCCUCAUUCGAUGAACAUUUGGAAGGCAGCUCCUAUUCAGUGGGAUGGGGCAAAGGAUCAACAAGGGAACUUCAAACGAUGGUGGCUAAGGAUUUCAGAAGCAAGGCAUAGACCAGAGGGGUUGGAACAUAUUGGUUUAACUGCUAAUAUCCUGUGGCAAGUGUGGAAAGAAAGAAAUAAGAGGGAAUUCGAGAAAUCAGAUAUAGUUACACCUUUCAAAACAAUAGCAAGAGCACACAAGGAUUGGAUGGAACAGCUGCAGGAAGAGGUCACGAAAGUUGAAAAGAGCACAGAAGAAACAGUCCCUAGACAAGACUUGCAAGAUCAGAAUUAUACAAAUGAGGGACCUGUGAUAAUGGAAAUAGAAACAACAAAGGAAAAAGGACAGCAUAAUGUUGGGAUAGGAAUCACAGUUAAGGAAUAUGCAUGGAAUAGAAUGACAGGGUGGAUAAUGAAUGAGAUCAGUCUGGGAAACAAAGUCCUAGAUGAUGCACUAGCUCUGAAGCUGGCCUUGUGCAAAGCUAUGCAUCGAAACUGGAGCAAGGUUAAGCUGAAGUUUUGUAACAAGGAGCUGUGGAGACAAAUCAAACAGCAGAGCCCUGCGAACAUUAAGAUGGCAAUAGUACUGGAAGACAUCUCUAAGUUACAGAGUUUGUUUUGCAUGUGCUCUUUUGACUUGUGUAGACAAGAACAUAUGUUAGUUAGCAAAAAAUUAAGUGAUGAUGCUUUAGGCGUUAUUGUUGAUGAGGAAAGACUGUUUCCUCAGUGUUCUUAG